UCCCGUCGCUGAAAAGUUGGUCAUGUCACCAUUAUUAUGUUCAACCUAGGCAUUGAUGCUAUCAUUUGUUGUGCACCGUAAUCUGGAGUAUUGGUAUGGUCAUGAAUUUACUUUUAGGGGGGCCUACCUUGGGGUAUCUUUCCAUUUGCACAGUGAACUGUGCGUACGAGUAAAUUUCUAGUGCUAUCUAUCUGAAUGAUAUCUUGUAUGCGUGGUAGAGCAUGGCGAUUGAUAGGAACGACGAUACAGAAUACUGAAGACUUAGUUUGUUUUGGUUCUGUAACAUGUGUUGGCAAGGUGGUCGGAAACUAUUUGGGUUUUAAGUUACCAUGUCAUCGGACAGUGGAGCUUGAAUUGGUUGCUGGAUCACGGCUUUGCUCUUCUUUGUUGGGUCACAUCUUUAGCAUGAAAACUUUUGGUAGCUUCCACUGACGUGUCGGUCAUACGAUAGCAGUAGUGAGACCUACUGUUCGUGAUUUUCGAUCGUUGUGUACAUUGAGAUUUUGGAAAAAUGAUACGACAUUAGAGAGUGUUGGUUGUUAGGUUUUGUGAUCAAUUGAAGCUACGAGUACUUGUUAGUUGCGGAGAAGGAGGAUAGUGGUUUUCUUUUUGCUGGUUGCUCCAAGUUUCCGAGUAAAAGAAGUUCAGGUCGCAUGUUAGAGUUAUUGUCUCUACUACAAAUGGGCAAAUGGGUGUUAGAGCAUGAAAUGUAACGGGCAAGGAGCACUUGUAUUCGUUUUCACAAUUGAGUGAAAACUAAGAAGAUGUCUGGUCGCCAGACCAUUUUGAGAUUGAGAGGUCGUGGCGAUGGAAACGCCCGCAAUCGGCGUUUGUUCUUCCUGGUAUGCACAAUGGCGGGCAUACUGUUCCUUCUCUCACUUCAGCACAGCUCCUUCUCCAACCACCAUCUUCCCAUAGACCAAACCUUUACGAACACGCACCUUGAUUGGACUCUGUCAAAGGCGGUUACUGCGACGAAUAAUCCCUUCAUUGAGAACGAGGGAGGCUUGGAAAAUUCUGAGACUUUGGACCUCAAAAACAAGAUGUUACAAAGCAAAGUAGGGAAAAAAGAAGAGGAGAAGGAAGAAGCAGAUGCUAAAGAAGUAAUGGAGGAGGAGGAGGAGGAUGAUGAUAAGAGCGACGAUGUCAACGAUGCAAUUGAAAAGGAAGAGGGUCGUUUUGAAGGAUUGGCAUUACGGGAUGAAUCAACUAGCAACGAAAACGAAGCGUCAGAAGAGGGGGCUAGUGAUGAUGGAGUCCACAAGGUUGCAUUGAAAGCUUAUCCUGUCUGUGAUCAUCGAUUCACAGAGUUGGUUCCUUGCCUGGAUAGGGAUCUGAACCAUAAAAUGAAACUGAAGCUGAAUUUGUCGUUGAUGGAGCAUUAUGAACGGCAUUGUCCGCCGAAUCAUCUCCGCCUGAAUUGUCUCAUCCCACCCCCUCCAAAUUACAAGGUACCCAUUAGAUGGCCGAAGAGCAGAGAUGAAAUUUGGCAGGCCAACGUGCCACACACUUUCCUUGCCACUGAGAAAUCAGAUCAGCAUUGGAUGGUGUUAAGCAACGACAAAGUGAAAUUUCCAGGGGGUGGCACUCAUUUUCCAGAUGGUGCGGACAAGUACAUCGCCCAUCUUGCCAAGAUGCUCCAUAACAAAGAUGGUAAUUUGAGCAGUGCCGGAAAGAUCAGAACUGUCUUCGACGUGGGAUGUGGGGUGGCAAGUUUUGGAGCCUACUUACUUUCAAUGAACAUCUUAGCUAUGUCGUUGGCUCCUAAUGAUGUUCAUCAGAACCAAAUACAAUUUGCGCUAGAGAGAGGCAUUCCCGCAACAUUGGGUGUCCUCGGUACAAUGCGGCUUCCUUAUCCAAGUAAAUCAUUCGACCUGGCCCAUUGCUCCCGUUGCCGAAUUGACUGGAGACAACGGGAUGGAGUUUUGUUGCUUGAAAUAGAUCGGAUACUGAGGCCUGGAGGUUACUUUGUUUGGUCAUCGCCUCCAGUAUAUCGGGAUGAUCCAGCAGAGAAACAGGAGUGGAAAGAGAUGGCUGAUCUCGUCAGCAGGAUGUGUUGGACAAUUGCUUCUAAAAGGGAUCAAACGGUUAUAUGGGCAAAACCUCUUACAAAUGAAUGUUACGAGAAACGGCCACCUGGAACUUGGCCCCCGUUGUGCAGUGUCGCCAAUGAGCCAGACUUAGGCUGGCAGGAACGUAUGAAGAUUUGUAUCACUCCUUUGACACCUCUGAGCAUGCCUGGUAGGACUGAUUUGGUGCCGUGGCCCAAACGAAUGAAUAGUCCUCCCUCCAGGCUGAAGGAGCUUGGAUUUAACGAGAAAACCUUCAUGGAUGACACGAUUGCAUGGAAAAGAAGAGCGGAUCUGUACAUGGAGAGGCUAAGGGCAGGUAAACAAGUAGACCAUGAUAGUUUUCGGAACGUGAUGGAUAUGAAAGCAAACUUCGGCGGAUUCGCUUCUGCACUCGAAGAGAUGAAACUGCCAGUAUGGGUCAUGAACGUUGUGCCUAUUUCGGCACCAAGCACUUUGAAAAUCGUCUAUGACCGUGGCUUCAUUGGUUCUUAUCACGAUUGGUGCGAAGCAUUUUCAACUUAUCCACGAACAUAUGACUUGCUCCAUGCCUGUAAUGUGUUAUCGGAUGUCUACAACCAUGAUUGCAGCUCUAUAGACCUGCUCCUUGAGAUGGACAGAAUCUUACGCCCGUUAGGUGUCGUCAUUAUACGGGACAAGGUCUCCCUUAUUGAAGAAGUCAGGAAGCACCUUAACGCUCUGCACUGGGAUUUGUGGUCUGAUGUCUUUGAUGCCGAGAAAGACGAGGUCUCAGAUAGAGACGAGAGAAUUUUAAUCGUUCGCAAGCAGCUGUGGCAACCGGAGUCUAUAAUAUAGAUGUGAUGCUCUUUCAUUCAUUUCUCGAAACUUUAACUUGGAAUCAAAUGUUUUUUUUGCUUCUGGAUGGA